AUGUUUGCCAGACAGGCAUCUAUCCGCGACGCUUACGAAGACCUCGGUAUCGAAGAGGGCGCGUCCCUUGAAGCGGUUAAGACAGCCUACAGGCAGGCAGGUCUCGCGCUCAAAACACAUCCCGACAAGAACCCAGGCGAUGCGGACGCCACCGCUCAGUUCCAGAAAGUCAGUGCCGCCUACAACACGCUCGUCAAGCACCUCGACCGCUCAGAGCCACAACGCCACUCGCACACCCAUGAAUACGGAUUCAACCAGGGGGACUACUACGACGAUGAUGUCGACGACUACGAUUACUUCGAUGACGACGACUACUACGAUGAGUACGAAUCCGACUUUGAGGAUCACUUAGACUUCUACAGAUUCCUGUUUGAGGAAAUCAUGAGAGGUCGAUCGAGCCGUUUUGCCCACGCCCAAUUCACCCGUGCUCAUCCUCACCAUCCUUCUCACCGCCCUCCAUCCCCACCCGAGAGUGAGGAACAGUAUGCCGCACGUCUGCGGCGACAACGGGAGGAACAGGAGCGUGCUGCGGAGCGGCGUGCUGAGGAGGAGGCCGCUCGGAAAGCAGAACAGGAGAGAGAACGCGAGCAAGAUCGGCGGGAGGCGGAGCAAAGGAAGCGCGACAGGGCUUCUACGAAGAAGGCGGAGGCGGCAGCGUCGCGCAGGACUGCAGAGCAAAAGAUGCGAUCACAGCAAGAACAGGCCCAAAUAAAACGCUCUGAGGUCUUUGCGGCCGCUCGUCGCGGAGACUUUGCGACUGUCAAGAAAGGUGUAUGGGAGGAUGAUGUUGAUGCAGCUGGCGGCGAGAUACGCAAGGGUUUCGAAGACUUCAUCCAGACGCCUCCCGGAGAUCGUGCUGAGACGCUGCUGCACAUUGCCGCAAAGCAUGGAAACGUUGACAUUGUGGAGUGGCUUGACUCUCACAGCGCCGACCCUGAAGAACGCAACAGUAAUGACAUGACGGUCUUCCAUGCGGCAUUACAGAACGGCCAUUCCAAUGUUCUCAAGCAUCUCUUCGAGGCGUACGAACCUAACGAGAACAAGGGCAUCUACCGCUCGCCUAAACACAUCUCCAACCUCCGCAUAGCUCUUGACUCAAAGGUUCCUGAGGUGGUCUGGAUGGUUCUCGAUAAGCACCUCUUCACCGACGACGAUAUUUCUGAGGCCUGGAGAAUUGCAAAUGACAAGAAGUUCCAGAAUGGAGUCAAGUCGACGAGCAAGCACGAAGAGCUAGUCAAUUUGUUGGACAGUUUCGGCAAGUUCUCGCUCAGCAAGCCCGUAUCGGAAGCGCUACCAUCCCCAUCUUCGAACCCACCGCCCUCGAGCUCUACGCGGCCACAGGUUAACGGCAAGCCCCACCGGUCACGACCAACUGUGGUGGUCGAGGACCUCCGCUCACACACUGCUUCUCCAUCGUCGGCUGCUUCCGACGCGACGCACUCUCCAUCCGGUGCGAACGGCUCUCGCGGCCGUGGUAAGAACCCAUACCGUGGUUCUUUCCGCCCGUACAAUCAACAAGGUUCAGCCCCUUCAUCUCCCAGUUCGACUAGUCCUUUCACCGGAUCAUUCCAACAAGGCACGCCACCAUUCUCACCCAGUCGUGGCCGUGGCAGAGGCCGAUUCUCCACUUUUCGUGGUCAUGGUCGUGGGCGCGGGCGGGGCAACCCAGCUGCGUGA